AUGUUGCUGAACGGUUCUGCACUUGUUACCGGGGGAGGAUCUGGCAUUGGGCGAGCCGUCGCACUCGCGUGUGCGGCGGGGGGAUGUCGAGCACUUGCCAUUGCUGAUAGAAACUUAGAGGAGGCGCAACAGACAGAACGUCUUGUCAAAGAAGUCAGCAAUCAGGUCAACAUUCUCACUUUGGGGGUGGAUGUUAGCGACAUCAAAGCCGUAAAAACUAUGGUACAGAAAACUGUGGAAACAUUCGGGAGACUUGACUAUGCUUUUAACGUUGCAGGUAUAACUUGCACUGCCCGCGUUGCGACCGCACACUAUCCAAUGGAGGAGUACGACAAUAUCCAAGCAAUCAACGCCCGAGGUCUCACAUUAUGCACACAGUUUGAGAUCCAAGCAAUGCUGAAACAGGAUCCCCAGGUCACUAUUGAUUCUUACAAUCCUCUUCGCGCCCAGAGAGGGAGUAUAGUGAACAUCGCAUCGACUUGUGGUGCGAAUGUCAUACCAGAUCUUUUCCCAUAUGUGGCAUCCAAGCACACAGUCAUGGGAAUCACCAAGGCCGCUGGGAUUGACCACGCCAAAGACUUGGCUGUGGCUCCUGAUCUGACUGAGAUCCACCCUAAAUCUCACACCACUGAGAAUAUCAGCAAGAUGGCAAAAGAAGCUUUUCCCGCGUCGAGAAUCGAAUCACAAGUUGGUUCUAUUCCAUUGCCAAGGCUUUUACCAAAUCUUGUCGCCGAACGGGCGUUGACUGAGCCAAACAAGAUCUGGGGUGCUAUACCGACCAGUCCUCAAACCACUAGCGAUGGGUAUGAAGACAUAUCAUACCGGCGCUUUAACUAUGCCAUUGACAGGGCAGCAUACUGGAUGCAAAGUACCCUCGAGCCAAAAAGGCUUCGACCCUUCGAGCCCCUAGCAUACCUUGGACCUCCUGACACCAGAUAUAUUGUUUUCAGUCUUGCUGCUAUCAAGGCUGGGUUUCAGAUGUUAUACCUCUCGCCCAGGAAUAGUGAUGAGGCACAAUAUGCCGUCAUGAAGGAGGCAGAUUGUCGCAAGUGGCUUUGUGCUGCUGAGAUGAAGCCCAAGGUGGAGGCUCUGGUGCAAAAUAGGCCACCCAAAGCCCUUGAUCCGAAUGGCUCCCAGACAGAGAGCUGGAACGACACAUUGAGCGUUGUUCCGGGACAAGUUGAGCUGUUGAAAGACGAGCCGACUCAGUCAUUCCCGUAUACUAAGACGCUGGAGGAAGCGAGAUGGGACCCUUUGGUCAUGCUUCAUACAUCAAGCACGACCGGCUUACCCAAGUUGAUCCCUCUCACCCAGGGAUAUGGCUUCCAAGAAGACGUGAUCCUGCAUUAUCCGGAAGAGGGCGGGUUGGAUGUUCUCACCCGCAAGCCUUUCUACGGCGACUGUCGAUUAUUCCUGGCCAUGCCCCUUUUUCAUGCGGGCGGAGUCUUGCUGGGUCUCUUGAAGUCCCUUUAUCACGACAUGGUGAUGGUGUUCCAACCUCCAGCAGUUCCAUUGAGUGCCUCAGUCGUCAAUGGCAUUCUCCGCGACGGAAAGUGUGAUGGAACAGUCAUACCUCCAUUUCUCGUCGAGGAGAUGCUCGGUGUUCCGGAGUGUUUCGAUACGCUCGCUAGUCUUAAAUUCGUGCAAUUCGGCUCUGGGCCACUAAGCAAGUACUGUGGUGAUACUCUCCUUACACGCCAAAAGAGCUGUCCUCAUUUUAUUGGUACUACUGAAGUUGGUCUUCUUCCUCUGCUGGAACUGGAGGAUCCAGAGCCAGAGUGGCAGUAUUUCCAUUUCCACAGCUGGAGUGGAAUCGAUAUGAGGCCUGUUGACGACUCCGGUACCCUCUGCGAGCUUUUCAUCAAGAAGAUCGACGAGAAUGUUCCUGGCCUCCAGCCUGUCUUUGAGCUAUUUCCUCACCUCACUGAGUGGCCAACAAGAGACCUAUACGUGCAGCACCCUGAGAAGCCGUACCUAUGGCGCACCCGUGGUCGAGCUGAUGAUGUGAUUGUAUUGUCCAACGGCGAAAAGUUGAAUCCAGUCGACACCGAGUCACACAUUGCAAAGGCACAUUCCGCCAUCACUGGUGCUUUGGUCGUCGGACAAGGGCGAUUCCAGCCGGCUCUCCUCCUGGAAGUAAAUGGCAUCGAUGUCGAUAAAGAAGACGAGAAACGGGAUCUUCUCCAGGCCAUUUGGCCCACAGUCGAAGUCACAAACAAGACUUCUCCCAAGCACGGACAAUUGACGAAAUCCUUGAUCCUCUUUUCGUCACCAAGCAAACCCUUCCUUCGUACCCCGAAACUCAGCGUUAGGAGAAAGCCAACAGCCGAUCUCUACAGCGAAGAGAUUGAAGAAUUGUAUCGCCGAGUCGAGGGAGACGUGGACAACGUCGACCGCAGCGAUGUUCCCGAGGAUACCAACCUCCAUGAUCUCAGCUCAAUUCAAAAAUUUGUUCAGCAUCUUGUGGGGAAUGUAACGGGAUGGACGAACAAUCUUUCCCAGGACACUGAUCUGUUCAUGCUGGGAAUGGACUCGCUCCACGUUGUCCGCCUUGUUCGAGCCAUAAAGGCCGCGGUGAAGGAUUCUAUGAAUCUCAGUCAAAUCGCCGACUUGACUUCAAAGACCAUCUACAACAACCCGACAAUCGACUCGUUGGCGCAAGCACUGAACGACUUGCUUCUAGCUCACACUGUGAAUGGCGAGAAUGGUUUACAAAACGGCCAAAAUGGUACCGAAAAUCACUAUCGCGAGACCAGGCUUCAAGAGAUUAUUGAGAGAUGGACACACGGCUUGGACUCCCAGGCCUUGACUCUUACCAAUGGCUCGAAGAACACCACAAUUGAGACCAAUGGUAUUGUUGGGACGAAACCCUGGACCAUCAUCUUGACGGGCUCUACUGGAUCACUGGGAUCACACAUCCUCGAAGGCCUUCUCCGUCAUCCCUCAGUGUCCAAGGUUAUCUGCUUGAACCGGUCCGCCGAAGCAGCUGCAAAAUGGAAGAAGACGAUUCUGAAUCGAAAUCUCACCGGCGAAGUGGCCGAGCCUGGACGUGUCCAAUUCUUCCAAACAACAAACCUGGGAGCGUCGUACCUUGGCCUCGAAGAGAAGUCGUACCAGGAGCUCCUCGAGUCCGUGACACAUGUGAUUCUGAACGCCUGGCCAGUGAAUUUCAACCUGUCAGUCGCAUCGUUUGAGAAGAACCACAUUGCCAGCAUUCGGAAAUUUGCAGACUUCAGCGCACGUUCUUCCAAGGGCGCACAUAUUGUCUUUGUGUCGAGUCUUUCGUCGGUCACAUCUGGAGCGCUCAAGCAGACUGUUCCGGAGAAGAUCAUCAAGGACCACUCCAUGCCGGCGCACAUGGGCUACGGUGAGUCCAAGUACAUUGCAGAGCGUAUCCUCGAUACGGCGACGGCAUCCUCCCGCGGACGAGUGCCCACGACAAGCUUGCGUGUUGGCCAGAUCGCUGGACCGGUGCCGACGCCUGAUACAGCAGGGGACAAAGCCAAGUUGGAGGUCUGGAAUCUGCAAGAAUGGUUCCCAAGUCUAAUCAUCAGCUCGAACACCAUCCAAGCUCUGCCUGAUACUUUGGGGCGCAUGGAAACAAUCGACUGGAUCCCCGUGAAUGUAUUGGCCAGCGUCAUCAUCGAACUGUUACAAUCGGACAACGAGGAGAUCGAACGCCAACGCCAUUCAGAGGAAGAGAGUAACACCCUCUCGACUUCGCGCGUGUACCAUCUCAUCAACCCAGAAGCCGUCAGCUGGCAACAAGACAUCCUACCAGUCGUGCAACAGUUCCUUGGAAUCGACAAAGUCGUGCCAUUGGCGCAGUGGACUGAGCUCAUAGGUUCGACCGCCGACCUUGACGCGGGUAGCAACGCAGCAGCAAACCCAGCGGCCAAGAUUGUACCGUUCUACCAAAGCCUGCAAUUGAGACGGGAUGAGAGUUUAGGGGAGGGACCGAAGUACCAGACUGAAGUGACUCAGAAGAGUAGCCCUACGUUGAGGAAGGUCGGGCCGGUAAGGGCAGAGUGGAUUAAUCAGUGGUUGAGUGAUUUUAAUUUGAAGGGGAAGGGAAAGGUUGAGGUUGAGGUUGAGGCUGUGCGGUAG